GAAGAAGCGGGGCCUGACCUGACCCGGCCUUUCCGCAGCACCCCGAGGGCCGGCCGGCGGGAGGACGGGGCUUCUCGCUGUGACGUGCCGAGAGGUCCAGAUGGAGGAGCGCGGAGACGGGAGCUCCGAAUCUUCGGAACCGGGAGGAUUGGGGAUCAUGGAGGCAGAUUGGGCCGAGGUGCCCGAGAAGAGAGCUACGUCUUUCCAGGAUUCUUUCUAUUCCCAAGAGAAGAGCACAGAAAAGGGAGAAGUGGCAGCUCUCCACCUCACAGCCAGAUCCCAGGCGUCCGUGACAUUCAAGGAUGUGGCCAUGGACUUUACCCCCGAGGAGUGGGGGAAGCUGGAUCCUGCACAGAGGGACGUGAUGCUGGAGAACUAUAGGAACCUGGUCUCGCUCUGCAUGAACACUUGUGUUUUCCAGUGCAUAGAAACUCCUUACCAGGCCCAGAUUCCUGCAGAUGUUUUAAGCUUCAUGUGGAGGUCCAUCUUCCCUCACUCCAGAUCUUCCUGGCUUCCAGUUUCCAAGCCUGAGAACUACAAUUUGGAGAAUGGAAAGGAAACAUUGAUGCUUGAGAGAAAAGUCCCCAGAAGCAGCUAUUCAGCUCAAGACAGGACUCUUCAGUGACACCAUCUCUGCACCUCACCGGCCCUCCUGAAGCUCCCUCCCCGUGAGCU